UCCCCCUGGUUUCACCCCAAUUUACCCCAUUUCAGAAAGUAAAAUGCAAGGACUCCCCCAUUUCACCUCCGCCAUUUCAGUACCAGCUCCCCCUCUCCGUUGCCGCCGCGCCGCCGUCGCUCUUUCAUAGCCGCCGUUGUUGCUGCUGCGCUAGUCUUCCCCUUCAAUUGACGAUUUCUAACUUCUUGUUAAUGGAUGAAAAUUUUUGGUAGUCAUCAAGCUAGUUCAUGACAUCAAAACAAAACACAACAAGGAGCAAGACUGCUACAUAGAGAAAGAGAAGAAAGAGAAGAGGAAGGAGAGGGAGAAGAGUCCUUCACUUCUUUUGAGAUCUUUUUAUUUCAAGGCCACAGCUUUGAGCCAGUUGUAAUCUUUUGGAUUGAAGAUGACUUGGACAAAGUACGGUAGGAUCUGCUUCUCUAAGAUAAGCAAUCCCCAUGUCUAUGGGCUUUUGGGUCUUCAACAAAAUGUUGCUAGGAACUAUAACAAUAACAUUCCCAGCAUUGUGUGUCGGCUAUUUGGAAGCGGCGUUGGCCGUGGAAAUGAAGCUGAUCAUCAGUUGAGUAGGGAAUUCCUUGUGAAGCUUUGGGCUGCUGAUAGGAAAAUGGGGAAGCACCCCAUAGAGAAACAAAGGAUGAGACUGCUUGAUGGUGAUCGCAGAGGGUUUUUCAAUUCCUCUGUUGCUGAAGACAGCGGAGUCAAAAGGAGAGGUAAAAAGCUCUUGAAGCAACCUCCAAUUAGUCAAUCUGUUUCUGAGGUUUUGAAAGCAGAAUCUCCCGAAGAGGCCAAGUUAGCACCUUUGGUUGCGAGGUCCAACUUGCUAAUUACCAGGGAUAUUGAGUGGGCAAAUCUUGUGUUUGGCUUUGAGCAGGAAAAUCGUUACGCCAUUGUAGAUCCGUGCUACCCUAAAUCGCCUGUAGGUUUCAUUCGUGAACAGAGCAAUGUGCUUGCCAGGCAGUUUCUUCGUCUACGGCGGCCUUUCAUUGCAUACAUAACUGAUGGUUUGGGGAACGAGCUUUUCAGGGUUCGAAGACCAUUUUGGUGGAUAACAAGCUCAAUUUAUGCAGAAAUUGAUGGUAAGGAAGUUGGAGUAGUUCACCAGAGAUGGCAUCUUUGGAGGAGAAUCUAUGAUUUGUACCUAGGGAAUAAACAAUUUGCUGUGGUUGAGAAUCCUGGCCUUUGGAAUUGGACUUUCACCUUGAAAGAUAUUAACGGUGAGGUUCUAGCUCAGAUAGAUCGUGAUUGGAGAGGUUUUGGCUUUGAGCUUUUGACUGAUGCUGGUCAAUAUGUUAUUCGGUUUGGGAUCUCAGAUCCAGACUUGAAGAUUGGCCGUGCUUCCAAGAUGGAGGAACUAGAAGUUAUUCGCCCACUGACCCUGGCGGAGAGAGCUGUAGCAGUAGCUCUUGCCAUAUCACUAGAUAAUGACUUUUUCUCAAGACAUGGAGGCUGGGGAUUACCGUUCUUUGUUGCAACCGAAUAAACUCGAUUUGGCAAUGUUACUUGAUGAUUGCAUAAUUCCUGAAGCCAUUCUCUACCAUGUAUGUGUGUGUGUGUUGUUAAAAAAAUGGUGUUACAAGCUGAUGAUUGGUAUGAAAUCCAUUUAUCCAUGUAAGAAAAUCAGACUACAACUCUUGCACUUAAAUCUGAUGAUUCCUUAGCUGAAUGGCAAGGUCAGUGAUGUGCCAACUAUUUCAAUGUGAUGAUAAGGCAGAAAGUGAUUGAUUGAGAUAUCAUAUUCUUACAUACAGGAUGUCACAAAACCUUGAUUUA